AUGACAACCGUACCAAUUAUUAAUCAAUCAUUUAGUACAAGACUUUUUGAUGAGUUAACAAAAGAUUUAAUAACUUUACUUGAAGAAGAUGAUGAACAUAACGUAGUAAUUGAAGCCGGUGAAGAACCUGAUAUUAAAAAAUUUAAAGCUCAUUAUUAUAUUUUAAGAAUGAGAUCACCAUACUUUCGUCAAGCUUUAUCCAGUAGGUGGGCUAAACAAGAGAAUGGUGUAUAUAUUUUUAGAAAACCAAACAUUUCUCCAGAAACUUUUAGUAUUAUUUUAAAAUAUAUAUAUUCAUCAACAAUUAAGGUUGAUACACUUAGUGAAGUUGAGAUUGUAAAUGUAUUGGGUGCAGCAGAUGAACUAUGUCUUAAUGUACUCGUUGAAGUUUUACAAGGAGUAUUAGUGGAACAAAAAAUAUUACGUCCUUGUAUUCCAUAUAUUAGGUGGCGUCAUAUUCCAGCUUCUGAAUUUGAAAAACAAGUUUCAAUAUUUAAAGAUCUCUUACCAUCUGAAUUACAUGAUCCUGAUAUUACUGGUUCAUCAGCAUUUUAUACAUCACCAAUUUAUUCUACUGUAGCGUCACGGAUUCAAUCUGUUUUAAUAAACCCAGAUCAAGCAGCAAGAAUUGCGAGUUGGAUUGAUAAAUUAGAUAUUACACCGUUAGAAAAUGGUGAAUCAAUAUACAAGUCAUGGCAUAUUCCAUAUCAAUUCAAACUUGUAGUUCGAGGGAGUCGAGAUCAAAAGUUUCUUCAACACACUUUAACUUCAAAUCAAGCCGUAGUUAUUAUCAAACCUUCAAAUUCAACAGAGAUUUUAGGAGGGUAUAAUCCAUUGAGUUGGAGUAAGAAAUCUAUUUCAUCAAAUAAAGAACCUCAAAAUACUGCACCUUUAAAAGAUAGUUUCGUUUUUAGCUUGGGAACUGAUGAUACAGAUGAUAUAUUGAGUAGAGUAAUAGAUCCUAAAGAUUCAAUUUAUUGUAAUGUUUAUUGUUCACCCGUAUUUGGAAAAGGAGAUUUAUUCCCUAAAGGUCAUUUUGAAAUCGGGCAACCAUGCGGAUGUAAACAAACUAGCUACGAAAAAGCUUUAAGGGAGAGCGCCGAACAAUUUAUUAUUGAAGAAUUUGAAGUUUUUCAAGUUAUUAAGAAAGAAUAUUAG